AUGUCACAUGCAGAUGCUCUUACAGAAGUUCAAUCAGUUGGUAUAAAUCUUUAUUCAACUGGUCGUUGUUUUGAUCGACAAAAUCCAGUUUGUACAAGUCUCGAACAAAUACGUUGUACAGUUAUACAAUGUAUAAAACAAUUCAAACAACAGAGUAAAUGUCCUUUGAUAAUUACAGGUGGUACUGAAGUUGGAAAUGCAUCGGGAAUUUAUGCACAUGAUAAUGGACAUAAAUUAAAUGUUCGAUUAACAAAAUGUAUUUAUAAAUAUAUAACAAAAAAUUUAGAAGAAAAUGGUGUACGAGCAAACGAUGGAGCAGAAGAGUUUAAAGAUAAACACGGAAAUUUAUAUAUUAAAGCAUAUAACAGAUGGGAUAUGAUUUUUACUAAAAAAUGUGACAGUUAA